CGCCACGGAAAGGCAACGGAGGGACGGUGGUGUCAAGUGUGACGUCUGGAAUCACAACUGAGACUCCCAGGAGAGAAGGAACGUUGGACAGGGUCACAGCAACGAGCGGUGCAGGCGUGCAGAAGGCCACGGGGAGCACCGCCGGCAGCCGAUUUCAUGAACCUGAGUAACGGAACCCGUCGGCGAAGACAGGGCAUCGCUUCCCAAAGUCAGCAUCACCUCAGUCGCGACCCACUAAGCGCGCCGGGCGGGAGGCAGGCUCGCCGGAGACGCCCGGGACCCCGCGGACCGACAGGUGCCCCCGCCCCGCCCCAAGCAGUAAACGGCGGCGCGGGGCGGGGCGUGCGCAGCGCGCGUGCGCGCCCCGCCGCGCCUGCGCACUGUGCCGCCGCCGCCGCCGCUUCCGCCGCGUUCGCUGGGCGCGCGGGCCUGAAUGGGCUUCCGGGUCCGCGGCCGCCGGGAGGAGCCAGCGGUGCCCCCGCGCCCCGCGCCCCCCUCGGCCAGACCCCGCCGCUCGGGCCCCGCAGGGCAGCGGCCACCGCGCCGGCCGCGGUCUCUUUCCCUGGCGGCGGCGGCUUCUUCCGUAGGACAAUAUGUUCAAGAGAAUGGCCGAAUUUGGGCCUGACUCCGGCGGGAGAGUGAAGGGGGUUACUAUUGUUAAACCAAUAGUCUAUGGUAAUGUUGCUCGCUAUUUUGGAAAGAAAAGAGAAGAGGAUGGGCAUACCCAUCAGUGGACAGUGUAUGUGAAACCAUAUAGAAAUGAGGAUAUGUCAGCUUAUGUGAAGAAAAUCCAAUUUAAAUUGCAUGAAAGUUAUGGCAAUCCUUUAAGAGUCGUUACUAAACCUCCAUAUGAAAUUACUGAAACAGGAUGGGGUGAAUUCGAAAUAAUCAUCAAAAUAUUUUUCAUUGAUCCUAAUGAAAGACCUGUAACCCUGUAUCAUUUAUUGAAGCUGUUUCAGUCAGACACCAAUGCAAUGCUGGGGAAAAAGACAGUAGUUUCAGAGUUCUAUGAUGAAAUGAUAUUUCAAGAUCCAACAGCAAUGAUGCAGCAGUUAUUAACAACAUCUCGUCAGCUAACAUUAGGCGCCUAUAAGCAUGAAACAGAAUUUGCAGAAUUGGAAGUGAAAACCAGAGAAAAACUAGAAGCUGCAAAAAAAAAGACAAGCUUUGAAAUUGCCGAACUUAAGGAGAGAUUAAAAGCAAGCCGGGAAACUAUAAAUUGUUUAAAAAAUGAAAUUAGAAAACUUGAAGAAGAUGAUCAGACAAAAGAAAUAUAGACAUUUCUGAAGAGAUGUUGAUUAUAAGGUGAAUGGAAAAUAAAGUGAAUUUUAAAGGGGAAAAUGGACUUCCAGGGGUAUAAUGUUACUUUAAAAAAACUGUUGGCCAUAGAUUUCUCAACAGUCGGGUCAAACUGUUUGUAAUUUUUAAGUACUCUUUAAUGUGAAAUGUAUGUGUAUAAUAAAUGAAUGUUGUAUGGGCAUUUAUCAACCCAUUUUUGGGUAAUUCCCUGAUGCUAAGCACAAUUUAAAAUUUUGUAUUGCCUUGUAUGUAUUCUUAUCUUUUUGACAGGCAUCAGAAUUUCAUUAUAAAGUCUGAUUUGAUGAUUUUUUGUAUACUACCCUUGUAGUUAGAAUUAGUGAUAAAAUUAAUGUGUAUAUUUAAUUUCUUAAGUUCUUGUCUUGCCCUGUCCUAACAUUUUUGUAUCUGAGGUACUCAAUAAGUACUCAAUAAAUGUGGUUUAUGGAUUCUGUUUCUGA